AAACAGACAUAAGACUUCAAUCAGAUUGUGGGAUUUUGCGUGUAUAAUUUAAUCAACGAUCUAUAAAAUUACGAGUCCCACCGAAAGAAAUCUGUCUCCAAAUCUGCAAUACAUUUAUUAUUACCAUUACUCUAUCAAAGCAAAUUCAGGACUGUAUUUUUUAUAAAUUGACCCCUCAAGGACCUCAGUUUUAGUCAUCGUGCUUCGAAACAAUGAAUGAAAUUCCUUGUCGCCAUAUUGUUCAUUGAGUACAUUACACCAGUCGGGACGAUAUUAAUUCAGCCCCAUCCCGUCUCAGCAUCCUCCCUUGCAGGCCGCCUCCAGGCACGAGGCUCUCUCCGCCUGCUACUCAUCAACCGUGACGUCAGAGCGGCGCGGCACGGGGGAGUUGUCCUCGCGCCGGAGCGCGCGCUGGAUGCUGCUGAAACAAGAUGGCUGUGCGCGCAGGAGGAGCAGCGGCGGAGAGCUGAGGCAAUGCAGAGGAGGAAGCUGAGAGGGGGGCGAGGAAUCCACUCGUGUCUGUGCUGUUCUGCCUGAAGAGCGACAGCCCCUCCAGAGCGAGAGACGAGCGUCUCCGAGUUGGUUUUAAUUCCCGUUACUGAGCAGGGGGUAACGGUUGUGUCGGCGGAGUUUCUCGCAAAAGAAGAAACCCAAAAGGACUGAGCCGACAAGCCACUUAAGUAGAGGACAGCCGGAGACGCUCAAGCUGCUCGUAGAGAUGUCCCUGCUGUGUGUGGGAGUGAAAAAAGCCAAGCUGGAUGGACCCCAAGAAAAGUUCAACACCUAUGUGACACUAAAGGUGCAAAAUGUGAAGAGUACAACCAUCGCUGUCCGGGGCAACUUGCCCAGCUGGGAGCAAGACUUCAUGUUUGAAAUUAACCGCCUGGACCUGGGCUUGACAGUUGAGGUGUGGAACAAAGGGCUAAUCUGGGACACCAUGGUCGGCACCUUGUGGAUUCCCCUCCGCAGCAUCCGACAGUCAAAUGAGGAAGGUCCGGGGGAGUGGCUGACGCUAGAUUCUCAAGUCAUCAUGACUGAUAAUGAGAUCUGUGGCACCAAAGAUCCCACUCUACACCUAGUGCUGCUCGAUACACGCUUUGAGCUGCCACUGGAUAUCCCCGAGGACGAGGCACGCUACUGGGCCAAAAAACUGGAGCAGCUCAACGCCAUGAGGGACCAAGAUUACUCAUACCAGGAGGAACAGGAACGACCCCUCCGUGCACCAGGAACCCAGUGCUGCAACUGGAGUCUAUGGGGGGACCAACAAAAUGAGGACCCAGACAGCGCUGUGGAUGACAGAGACAGUGACUAUCGGAGUGAAACCAGUAACAGCAUCCCGCCUCCUUACUACAGCACAUCUCAGCCCAAUGCUUCUGUCCACCAAUAUCCCAUCAGCCACCAGCACCGCAGCUCCAGAAGCUUGUCUUAUCCACGCUCCGGAAACAGUCAAGACCUCGAAUACCCCAAUCAGAGAACUGUCAGUCCCACUGGUAGCUAUGCAUCGAGUGCAGAGCUAAGUCGGUGCAGCAGUCAGCUGAGUGAGGAGGAAUAUGGUGUUGAGUACGGAGAAAGGGACCCUUACGAUGAGAAUGACUCCUACCACUCUUGCCACUCCUCAGUCAGCUACAGUAAGGGCUCUCCAGACUGGGAUCUGGAUGAGACCCAGGGGGCAUACAGCGAUGAGGGCGGCUACAGCAAAGAUGGAGGAGAAGAGGUUGCUCUGUAUGAGGGAGACGAUGGAGGACUUUAUGAGGGAGAGGAAGAGGGUCUCUAUGAGGAUGACGAAAUGAUUUAUGAUGAUGAGGACUUGUACAAUUUAGAUGGGACCCUCAGUGAGGACAUGGAGCCACCAUUUACUCCUACCCCAACAUCUACCGCCCCCCCAGCUCUUGAUGUAACCAGAUCCAGACCUCCUUUGGAAAAACACCCCUCUGUACAUCAACAGCAGCCUCCUGCUCAAACAUCCAACUCCAACCAAGCUCAUCCUCCUGGGGUUUCAUCAACAGCCCAGCAGCCACCCGGUCAACAAACAGCUCAACCACCAAAACAAACUCAGCCUCAAACACAAGCUCAGCCACAGCCUGCCCCAUCUGCCACGUCCUUCUUCUCAAUGGCCAAACCUCUAACAGCCGCGGUCACAGGCCUGGCUUCUACAUUCCUGUCAUCCGUUCCCACUGCCCCGCCUGCCCAGUCUCACCCCCCAGCCUCAGCUGCAUCUCAGCAACACCAAGCUGCAGCCAGCACUGUCCCUCCAUCCCACCCAGCUACCAUGGCAAAUUCAGCCUCACAGCCACCCUCCACUGCCACGGGUCCCCCGUCCCAGCAAACCUCUUCCUCACCUCAGCCCCUCGGAAAUGACCCCUCCACCGCACAACCAGCUGCAGUUGAGGAUGAAGCUCCCAUGCCAGAGGAAGAAAUGUGGUUAGAAGAAGAAAUUACCAUGGAGACAGAAGCCAGGACGCCCCCUGCUCAGUAUGAGGAGAAGCUUCCCAUGGAGCAAAAAGAAGAGGACUUUGUAGAGAGCAGACCACUGACGCCAGAAAAGGAAAUAGAGAUGCCACCUGAGAGUCCACCAAUUGUAGAGGAGUCCAAAGAGCCAGUUGAUCCAGCAGUGAGAGCCAAAGAGAACUGGCUGAGGCUCUACAACAAGGUCUUAGAGCAGCUGCGAGAGUUUCAUGUCAUUGCCAUAGUGACACUCGCAUGCACUUUGCUCGGCCAUCAUUGGAGCAUGCAGACAGAGACCUCCAGCUCGCUGUGGUUUGGUAAAGGAGGAAUGGGAGGUGCACUCUACAGUAUCGACAGCAUGCCUGACCUUCGCAAGAGGAAAGCCAUUCCCCUCGUCAGAGAUCUGUCAUUGGUGCAGAACUCGCGGAAAGCUGGAAUUACCUCUGCAAUGGCCUCCACUACCCUUGGCAACGAGGAGCUGAAGAGCCACGUUUAUAAAAAGACCCUGCAGGCUUUGAUCUACCCCAUCUCUUCCACUACUCCACACAACUUUGAGGUGUGGACAGCCACCACCCCCACAUAUUGCUACGAAUGUGAGGGUCUACUGUGGGGCAUAGCACGCCAAGGAAUGCGCUGCUCAGAAUGUGGCGUCAAAUGCCACGAAAAGUGCCAGGAUCUGCUUAAUGCCGACUGUUUGCAGAGAGCGGCAGAGAAGAGCUCCAAGCAUGGGGCAGAGGAUCGGACCCAGAACAUUAUCAUGGUCCUAAAGGACCGCAUGAAGAUCAGAGAGAGGAAUAAACCUGAGAUAUUCGAGCUAAUCCAGGAAGUGUUUGCCCUUGACAAAACAACACACGGGACGCACAUGAAACAGAUCAAGCAGAGCGUGCUCGAUGGGACUUCCAAAUGGUCAGCAAAGAUCAGCAUCACAGUGGUAUGUGCCCAGGGCCUCCAGGCUAAGGACAAAACAGGCUCCAGUGACCCUUAUGUAACGGUUCAAGUUGGGAAGACAAAGAAGAGAACCAAGACCAUUUAUGGCAACCUCAACCCUGUCUGGGAGGAAAACUUUCACUUUGAAUGCCACAACUCCUCGGACCGCAUCAAAGUCAGGGUGUGGGACGAGGAUGAUGACAUCAAGUCUCGCGUGAAACAGAGGUUCAAACGUGAGAGUGAUGACUUCUUGGGUCAAACUAUCAUUGAAGUGCGCACUCUCAGUGGAGAGAUGGACGUUUGGUAUAAUCUGGAUAAAAGAACAGAUAAAUCUGCUGUUUCUGGGGCUAUACGGAUGCACAUAAGUGUGGAGAUCAAGGGAGAGGAGACGGUGGCUCCAUACCAUGUCCAAUACACCUGUCUGCAUGAGCAUCUGUUCCAGUAUACCACUGAGGAGCAGAACAGCGGUGUCGUAAAGAUUCCUGAUGCUAAAGGAGAUGAUGCCUGGAAGGUUUACUUUGAGGAGACAGCUCAGGAAAUCGUUGAUGAAUUUGCCAUGAGAUAUGGAGUGGAGUCCAUUUACCAAGCCAUGACCCAUUUUGCCUGCUUGUCAUCGAAGUACAUGUGUCCAGGAGUGCCAGCUGUGAUGAGCACCCUGCUUGCCAACAUUAAUGCUUACUAUGCCCACACCACCCAAUCCUCCAACAAUGUUUCUGCCUCGGACAGAUUUGCUGCCUCAAACUUUGGCAAGGAGAGGUUUGUCAAGCUACUAGACCAGCUGCACAACUCCCUGAGGAUUGACCUGUCAAUGUAUCGGAACAACUUUCCCGCCAGCAGUCCAGAAAGACUGCAAGACCUCAAGUCUACUGUUGACCUGCUGACCAGCAUCACUUUCUUCAGGAUGAAGGUCCAGGAGCUGCAGAGUCCCCCCAGGGCGAGUCAGGUGGUGAAGGACUGUGUGAAAGCCUGUCUUAACUCCACCUAUGAGUACAUUUUCAAUAACUGCCACGAUCUCUACAACAGGGAAUAUCAGACAGACCCUUCAAAAGCGGUCCCUCCUGAUGAGCAGGGUCCCAGCAUCAAAAACCUGGAUUUCUGGUCUAAACUCAUCACCCUCAUUGUUUCCAUCAUAGAGGAGGAUAAAAACUCAUACACCCCUUGCCUUAACCAGUUUCCCCAAGAACUCAACGUGGGUAAAAUCAGUGCGGAAGUCAUGUGGAACAUGUUUGCUCAAGAUAUGAAGUACGCCAUGGAGGAGCAUGAGAAGAACCGGCUGUGUAAGAGUGCGGACUAUAUGAAUUUGCACUUUAAAGUGAAGUGGCUCUAUAAUGAGUACUGCAAGGAACUGACCACUUUCCAGAAGCACGUACCUGAAUAUCCGGCCUGGUUUGAGCCAUUUGUCAUCAUGUGGUUGGAUGAGAAUGAGGAAGUGUCCAGAGAUUUUCUUCACGGAGCCCUGGAGAGGGACAAGAAAGAUGGGUUCCAAGUCACGUCAGAGCACGCUUUGUUCUCCUGCUCUGUGGUGGACGUGUUCUCUCAGCUCAAUCAGAGCUUUGAAAUCAUCCGCAAGUUGGAGUGUCCCGACCCUCAGAUUGUUGGCAACUACAUGAAGAGAUUUGCCAAGACCAUCGGCAACGUCCUGCUGUCGUACGCUGACAUCAUAGCCAAGGACUUUCCAAAUCACGUCAAGAAAGAGAAAGUGCCCUGUAUCAUUAUAAAUAACAUCCAGCAGCUCAGAGUUCAGCUGGAGAAGAUGUUUGAGGCCAUGGGAGGCAAAGAUCUCAAUGUGGAGGCCAGCGACUUCUUGAAAGAGCUCCAGAACAAACUGAACAAUGUCAUGGACGACCUCAGCCGCAUUUUCGCUGUCAGUUUCCAACCCCAGAUUGAGGAUAAUGUCAGGCAAAUGGGGGACAUCCUAGCCCAGGUGAAAGGUCAAACUGUGCCUGCCAACGGCAGCGUUGUGCAGGAGGCCGACAACGUUUUGCAGCCUAUCAUGGACUUCCUGGACAGCAACUUGUCUCUGUUUGCUAAAAUCUGUGAGAAGACAGUCCUGAAAAGAGUGCUGAAGGAACUGUGGAAACUGGUGAUGAACACAAUGGAAAAGACAAUUGUGCUUCCGACACUCACAGACCAGACGGGCACUCAGAUGAUCUUCAAUGCAGCUAAGGAGCUGGGCCAGCUUUCCAAGCUCAAGGAGCACAUGGGCCGAGAGGAGGCCAAGGCUCUGACUCCUAAACAGUGUGCAGUCAUAGAGCUUGCCCUGGAUACUAUUAAGCAAUACUUCCACGCCGGUGGCGUCGGCCUGAAGAAGACGUUCUUAGAGAAGAGUCCGGAUCUGCAGUCGCUGCGCUACGCCUUGUCCCUGUACACGCAGGCCACAGACAAGCUGAUCCGGAAGUUUAUCCUCUCACAGCACGCCCAGGUCCACGGAGGAAAGGGGAUCAGGUACUCAGCCAAUGAGGACACCCCACCAGAGAAAGCAUCUGGAGUGGACGCAGUGGGGGAGGUGAUCAUGAACGUGGACAUUUUACCCCAGCCGAAUGGAGAGCACAAGAUCAGCGUCAAAGUCGUGGCCGCUAAUGACCUGAAGUGGAAAGCACAGGGCUUCAGGCCUUUCGUGGAAGUCUACAUCAUCGGUCCCCACCUCAGCGACAAGAAGAGGAAAUUUGCCACAAAAUCCAAGAACAACAGCUGGUCCCCAAAGUUCCUCGAGAGCUUCCAGUACUCGCUGGGGACCGAGGUGGGCCCCGAGAGCUACGAGCUGCAGGUGUGUGUGAAGGACUACUGCUUUGCCCGGGAGGACCGCACCGUGGGCAUGGCCGUGCUGCAGGUGAAGGACAUAGCCAGCAAAGGCAGCGUCACCUGCUGGCUGCCGCUGGGCCGCCGCGUGCACAUGGACGAGACGGGCCUGACCGUGCUGCGGAUCCUCUCCCAGCGCAACAACGACGACGUGGCCAAAGAGUUCGUCAAGCUCAAGUCGGACCAGCGCUCGGCCGAAGAGGGCCGCAGCUGAGGGCGCCGGGCCACGCACGCGUGCACAAAAAACAGCAGAGACGUAUGGAGUAGACGUAGCGUUAACGCACACACACACACCACUCACUCACCACUCACUCACGCCCACAUAGACGACCCCGUGCAAUAUACAAGCACACACUUUAAAAAGCUCUAUUGUACAUAUAUCUGCAUACAUUAUGCAACACCCCCCACUGCAAUGUUAUCAAUGCAAACGCGAGGGAAUAUGUCGAGAAAGGAUCUGAGUUCAUCUGGACUAUCUGUGCUCCACGCUCUCAGUAAGGGUGACCCUCUGAUUAGCAACUCUCUCUAUCCUGUGACACAUAACUCCUUUUAUACGCUGUACAUUUAGUUGUGAUGUAAUGUGCCGCAGAACGACUGAAUCACCUGGAUUGAUUGAGGGGGGGUAGGGGGUGACCACUUUUGCACUUUUGCCUCUCAGCAUCUUCAGGAGAGCAGUCCUUUGCCUAGCUUUGCCGUCCGUCUGUCCGCCCGCCCGCCUGCCUGCCUGCCCACGUCUCGUUCCUCAGUGCGUCCCCAGCCUCGUCUCCGGCCCGGCGUAGUCUUCCCACCGCACCGCGCGUUCAGCCGGGUUCCCGGGAAACCGGUUUGGCCCCCCGAAACCCAAAAGAAACCGUCGAUCAGAGCGAAGGUUAAACAUCCCCUGCUACUGUGUGCCGUAACGUACUAGCGUCCUGCAUGUCGACCCCAGGAACACUGUGAUUCUCUUUGCUGUAACCAUGGCAACUCUUCCCACACAAAAAGAUGGGUACCUCCAGUAUUUGAUCCGUGUGAGCAUGGUGCACAUAAUCCUGCUAGUGAGGUUUUUCCUAAACCUCCGCUGAGGGUCCGCGGAUCCGACCUGUCGGUGGAGGCGAUUUUUUUCACGUGGCCUCAAACGGAGCAAUACCCCACCAUCUCACGUCCCCCCCCCCCCUCCCCGUUAUGCACAUUCCCUCCAGAAAAGGGCUACAGGAUCAGUGGACUGGGAUGUCACUGGGAUGACCCACCAACCCAAGGCAAUAGUGGUUUGUUUGUGUGUCCGCUGCGGACAGAGCCUCUGUGAGCACCGUCAUAGUGCACAUGCAUGUGUGUGAACGUGUGCGUGUGUGUGUGUGUGUGUAUAGGUUGAUUCUUCCACCUGUAAAUCGGGCUAUUAAGUUUUCAAGCAAUACCUACACACUUAGAACGUAUGCGCUGUUUAACACACACACACACACAAAAAUAAUAAUUAAAUAGUGUAGAAGUACGGCGUGCUCUAUCUGGGUCCAAGGAAUGGGAAAGUUGUGUUUUUGUAAAUCACUACAAUAUUUAAUUUGUGGACUCCUAAAUUCCCAUUCCUGUUGUAAGCGGAGAGGAGGAAGGUGUUGUGGAGAACUGUUUGCCUUUAGUAGGACCAAAUUUGCAAGAGCUCAUUUUUGCUUGCUUGUUUUAUUUAUUUUCUCUUAUCAAAGAAGGAAGCCAUCAAAGUCACCGCCAAGCAUUUAAGAGGCUGAAGUUUUGCUUUUCAUCCUGUGGGUUGAAACCCCCCCGUCAGCGUUCCCUGCAAUAAGGUGAGCAGACCCUCACAGCCAUAAUCAGACUCUGAAGCUGGACGUCGGUCACGGUGACUAAACGCUGCAGGGAGGUUCUCUGUGGCUGCAUCAGGCCCCCCCACACACACACACACCCCACACCAACCUGUCUUCUGUUUUGUGUCCUCACCACUGCUGAGAGCUACCAAAAGAAACAAGAAAAUCAAACCUCUGAAUGUUAUUUACGCUCUGCAAAGCCUUCUCUCUCAUCGAAAGGGUUGUUGACAGACCACGGUUUUUGUUCCGAGACCCACUCAUGCCUUUGAUUUAUGCCACUGGAUUUAAUUUGAGUCAUAAAAAAAAAAAUGUACGAAUCCAGCUUGGUUUUUGUGUCAACUUCUCUGGUUGCCCUUUCUGCGGCAACAUUUAAAGGAGAACUCCACUGAUUUUUAUACUUUAGAGUGUGUGUGUUAGCUGCCAGGUAGCAUGCGAGGAAAGCUUUUUACACAGAUCCCCUCAGAGCUGUGUAAAUUUUGAAUAUUUUUAUGUGAAGUCACUUAGUGGCUGUGAAUAUGAUCAUUAAGCAUUGGCUCGCUUAAAAGAAUAAAAAGAUAGAGAGCUUGAAAAGUAUGCGGAUGAGAUGAUCCUCUUCUCCUCUUCAGCGUAAGUCAUGUUGCCUUGUGGGUAAUGUUAAAAAAAAAAAAAAGGCUGCAUGUGUUUCAUCAGCCUCAAUCUCUUUAUUUGUUUUACAAAAAGUGUGAAGAUAAAUUUGUGGGGUGCUCCUUUAACACCGUUCCCAUGUGUUGGAGUGUGUGCAGCCCCAGAGCCCAAGACCAAACUUUUCAUGUCGGAUUGUUGCUGCAAAAGCACGGAGAGAUGCUGGAUUGCUGGGCUCUGGGCUGGUCAGCUGCCCGCUAACCGCGCACUGACCACACACACACACACCGACAGACCCACUCUGCUCAAGCACAAACAGACACAUGAAAGAUGACACACAUGCAUGCACGCACACCGACACGACUCCGAGGAGACGAGUGGUGCCCACCCUGUGAAUAGAAAAUCAACUACAAUUGCAUGAUGGGAAACUUAAUUGUGCCAGCACGUGUCUCUUCGAUGUUACUUGACCUUUUUAAUUUGACCUGUUUUAACUUUCCAAAGCUAAUAAGUCAUCGGUGUGUCUCUGUUUUUUCAAAUAAAUAAAUAAAUUUAAAUAAAACAAGUCAUCUGUAACCAAUAUGAAUGUAGUGUGAACACAGAACUCGCAUGAGAGAAUUAUUUUCUACUGAGGAUGUUUGUAAUUUGUUUCUUAUCAUUGUUGAUUGUUCUUUAAUGAGGAUGAAGUGGAGCUGGAAUGCAGCCUGAUUGUGAUCUGCUUCCUAUUAAAAGGACUUUUGUGUCACAACCGACA